AUGAAGGACAUUAUUUGUGCCGACAGGUACCGCGUUAACCGCAAAGUCGCCGAGGGAGGCUUUGGGCUUGUCUAUGAAGGAACGGAUAUGCAGUCGGGCGAGGAUGUCGCUUUGAAACUCACAUACUAUGAUGAGGCCAAGAGCGCCGGCCCCAUGCUGAUCAAACAGGAAAACGAUGUGUACAAGGAGCUGUCCGGCGGGGUGGGAAUCCCCAAAGUACGACUCUUUACUUUCGAGGACGAGUACUAUGUGCUGGUUCUGGAUCUCUUGGGUCCGUCGCUGGAGGACCUGUUCAAUUAUUGCGCCAAAAGCUUCUCGCUCAAGACCAUCCUUCUCAUCGCCGACCAAGCCAUCUCCAGGAUCGAAUACAUCCAUUCCAAGGGCAUCCUCCAUCGCGAUAUCAAACCGGAAAAUUUCGUCAUGGGGGUGGGAAAGCAGGGUAAUACGCUCUACGCAAUCGAUUUUGGCAUCGCACAGUCUUUUGAAGAGGCUCAGUCUUGUAGGAAUGCAACGGGUCGCCAGCUAGUUGGGACCAGACGAUACGCAAGCAUCAGAGCCCACAAUGGCCGCCAACAAUCUUGGGCCGACGACUUGGAGUCUCUCGGUUAUGUCUUGGUAGAAUUUGCCCGCGGCUCCCUACCGUGGCAGGGCAUCAAGGCCGCCACCGAGGACGAACGGAGGGCGCGGGUAGGGGAAAUCAAGGAGAGCUUGUCAGGUGAGGAACUGUGUGACGGCUUUCUCCCGAAAGAAUUCGCUACGUAUAUCAACUAUACCCGAUCACUGGAUUUUGAUGAUAAGCCGGACUACUCGUACCUCCGUCGAAUUUUCAGCCGCCUCUUUCGAGCAAAGGGAUUCAAAUACGACUACAUUUUCGACUGGACCGAAAAGUUAUUCUACGAGCAGCUACAAGGUGAGGGGGAGGAUCCUGUCGAUUCUUGAGAGUAUGUACCUUGCGUGGGUCAGUACAAUUCGGAAACGGACACGACAUGGCGCACGUGAUCACGUGAUGCUCAUGGAUCACCACCACCACGCCAAACACAAGCUGCCAACGACCAAUUGCAAUAUACCAUAUAC